AUGAUAGUUAAUUUGUGUCUCUCUCUUCUGCUCUUACACAGUAUAAACGCUAAGGUUUUAUUAUCAGAGGAUAUAUUGAAAAAUGAUGAAAACAAUUUGAAAGAAGUAGUUAGCAGUACAAAGAGUCAUAUUAUAGAUAUCACAACACCGAAAUCACUAGCAAACGACCAGAAAGAAAUUAAACGAAAAUGUGAACAUACGAAUGAUAUUACUGGUGAUUUGGAUAGCUUAUGUCCUGAAGAGCCUACGAAAAUUGAUAAUGGCACUGCUCUUAUAUUGACGCCUUACAUAGAAAGGAAACAAAUCGAAGAAGCGCGGAAAACAAGUAAGGUUGAUCCCAAACUAUUAUCAGGCGUCGAAAGUUAUAGCGGCUAUUUCACAGUAAAUAAAACGUACAACUCGAAUGUUUUCGUCUGGUACUUUCCUGUGGAGAAUAAGAAAGUGAAUGAUACUCCUUGGAUUAUCUGGUUGCAAGGGGGUCCUGGUGCUUCAAGUUUGACUGGGUUGUUUGAAGAAAUAGGUCCUGUACGGGUCACAAAAUUUGGAACGAUAAAACGAAACCCAUAUACCUGGAUCCAGAACCACUCAGUCUUGUUCAUUGAUAACCCGGUGGGAACUGGAUACAGUUUCACUGACCAUGAAGAUGGUUAUGUGUCAGAUAUGGCAACGUACUCAAAACAUCUACUCAGCACUGUAGAGCAAUUUUUGCACGUGUUUCCGGAAUUGAGAACUGCGCCAUUAUAUAUCGCAGGAGAAUCAUACGCAGGGAAAUAUAUUCCAGCUCUCGGUAUAGAACUCCACAAAGCCAAGAUUAAUUCUGGAUUGGAUAUUAAUUUACAGGGCUUCAUAAUAGGAAACGCGUACAUAGACCCAUCUAUGAUUAGAAAUGUACACAGACCGUUUUACUACUUCGGCUUGCUGAACAAGGAGCAACUUGAUUCUUUGGAACCUUUGAUGAAGGACUUUCAAGCGGACAUUGACGCUAACAACAGCGUGGCUGCGAAAAAUAAAUGGAUGCAGGUCGUCACCGUAUUACUUAUAUUGUCGCACCAAAAACAAGCAUACAACUUCCUCAAAGACGAGCUAUCGGUUGGCGCAUAUCCAAAAAUCUUGAACACGCCAGAAAUGAAGAGAGGUCUACACGUUGGAGACAUACAAUUUCAUUUUAUAAAUACCACUGUAAACACAAAAAUGGCGCCGGACUUUCUCAGCAGUUCCAAGGAGUUAUUCGAAGAGCUCUUGUCAAAUAAUUAUAGAGUUUUAUCCUAUUGUGGACAGCUAGACCAGCUGUUGCCCUGUGUUUUUUCAGCUGAGAAUCAUCGAACAUGGCAAUGGCAUGGAAAAGAACAAUUUACAAAUGCACAACGAUAUCCAUUUAUGUUUCACAACAUACUUGCCGGAUACUAUAAAAGUGGGGGUAACUUAACAGAGGUCGUGGUCCGCGGCGCCGGCCACAUGGUGCCCGUCGACGAACCGGCGCGUGCGCAGUUUCUCGUAACCAACUGGAUCCAUCGAUUGCCGCUCGCUACCCGAUUCACCUUAAUGGAAGAAUUCUUUCUAAGAAGUAUACUUAACAAUAGUUCUGCAUUAUACUUUUAA